AUGACCACUGAUGAAUGGACGAGUUUUACCUUUCAAUUUAAUAUCUUUGUAAAAGUGAUUUCAAUUUUCUUUUUACUUUCUUAUUGGUCUUUCUUAUUUGCCUCUUUAUUCGUCUCUCUUGUUGCUUUUUCUAUUUUCUUUUUGCCCCUCCUUGUUUGUCUCUUUGUUUGUUUGUUUCUUUCUUUAUCUCUUUCCUUCUUUCUUUCUUUCUUUCCUUCUUUCUUUCUUUCAUACUCUCUUUCCUUCUUUCUUUCCUUCUUUCUUCUUUCUUUUUUCUUUCCUUCUUUCUUUCUUUUUUCUUUCCUUCUUUCAUACUCUCUUUCUUUCUUUCACUUUUUCGUCCAUCUUUUUCUCUUUUUUAUCCCCUUGCUUUUCGUUCUUCAUAUUUUUCAGCUUCUUCAUCAUUUUCGUCUUCCUCCCGCCAUUGCAUGGCUUUUAGUUUUUCUUUUCAUUCCUUAUCGCAUAUUUCCUCUUCCUCUUCCUCUCGUUAUACAUCUCUCCUGUUUCCUCUUUGCCUCUCUGUCUUCCUCUCUCUUAACAUUUAUUUGUUUUUCUUACAACGUCCCUCGCCUUCAAUCUUCUAUUUUUGCCUUCCUUCUCCGUGACUUGUCUUUCCUUUUCUCCAUUUUUCUAUCUUCUUCUCUUUUCACUUAA